UCCUCCUCAGCAUCCCCGGCUGUGUCUCCGCCCUCUUGCUGCUCGCUAUAGGCUGGAGGAUUUAAGCGGGCCCGUCGUAAUGAUGAGGGCUUUCUGACACUUACUGAUUUCAAAACUUGACGGGUUUCGAGUUUCGCAGCACACUGCAGUGCAGGACCUCCCAGAGGAGUUGAUGCAUGCGCCUGUUUGGACAGAGAUGAACGCAGAGAUGGAUUACGGAGGCCCUGGGAGCAACGGGAACGGAAAGCUGCGCCAGUGGCUCAUCGAGCAGGUGGACUGCGGCAAGUAUCCCGGUCUGGUGUGGGAGAACGACGAGAAGAGCGUCUUCAGGAUACCGUGGAAACACGCCGGGAAACAGGACUAUAACCGGGACGAGGAUGCCGCGCUUUUCAAGGCCUGGGCGCUGUUCAAAGGCAAGUUUCGGGAGGGGAUCGACAAGCCGGACCCGCCGACCUGGAAGACUCGUCUCCGCUGCGCCCUCAACAAGAGCAACGACUUUGAGGAACUGGUGGAGAGGAGCCAGCUGGACAUCUCAGACCCGUACAAAGUCUACCGCAUCAUCCCCGAGGGAGCCAAGAAAAGACCCCGACAGGAGGACAGUCCUCUGAGUCCUGCGAGCUACCAGGUGCACCCUACCUACCCUGCCCUGCAGACUCAGGUAUCACAGUACAUGCCCACACCAGAGUGUGGCUGGAGAGACUACUGUCCGGAGCAGGCCGCAUUGCCUGAGCUGCCCUUCACCCAGUGUCCCUGUCCCCCCCGCAGCCUGCCAUGGCAGGGCCCGUCCAUGGAGAACGGAUACCAGCUCAGAGCCUCAAUUUACUCAUACGGUCCUGCUGAUAGCCAGCCCUCGCCGUUCACACUGGACGCCAGCAUCAGAUCAGCGGAGGCGCUCUCAGAUUACCGCCUGCAUGUGUCUGUAUAUUUCCGAGACAAUCUGGUGAGGGAGGUGACCACCUCCAGUCCGGAGGGGUGCCACAUAACUCCCUGCUCCCCAGAGGACAAGCCCUACCUGCAGCCUGGAAAUCCCGAGGUGGUCCCCCUGCCUGUGGACAGUCUCUCAGUCCAGAGGAGGGCAGAGGAGUGUCCCCCGAGUCCCCCGUCGCCCCUGGAGAGGGGAGUGUUACUGUGGAUGGGCCCUGAGGGGCUCUACGCUCGGAGGCUGUGUCAGAGCAGAGUGUACUGGCAGGGAGGACUCUCCCAGUACGGUGACAAGCCCAACAAACUGGAGAGAGAUGUCAGCUGUAAACUCCUCCACACGCAGGACUACCUGACAGAGAUCCAGAGCUACGGGCUCCAUGGACGGCCGCCGCCUCGUUUACAGGUCCUGCUGAGUUUUGGAGACGAGUGUCUGGACCCGCAGAGACAAAGACGGACCCUCACUGUCCAGGUGGAGCCGCUGUUUGCCCGGCAGCUCCUGUACUACACCCAGCAGAUGGGCGGCCACUACUACCGCAGCUACGAGCACCCGGGAGUCACGGACCACAUAAACACCCCUGAGGACUACCAGAGGGCCAUCACACAUCACCACAGCAGCAGCCUGCAGGAGUGACCUCAGUGGGUUCAAGUGACUGUUGAAAACGUCUAGAUGCAGCAGUGAGCUUUCACACAGGAGACCAGCAACAAGAGGACAAACCCCAACAGUGUUAUACAUAACAAUGGACAUUUAGUGACAGUCACUGUUUGCCUUGUGGGCUUCUGUUUUGUGUGUGUUUGUCAGUGUGUGUGCAGGGAACCAAAGUCGCAGUGUUAUUUUUCUUUUCCUUACUGUAUUUUUAGGGCAUCGUGAAUAUUUUCUGUACUGACUAUGCAAAGAAAACUGACAGCUUCGGUGAUUGUACUGUAGAAAACUGUGUGAUGAAUUUUAGUGCCUUAAGGGGAUAGUUUGACGUUUUGGGAAAUACGCUUAUUCUUGCCGAGAGUGAGAUGAAAAGAUGGAUGUUACUCUCAAACUCGCAGUUCAACAUGUUAUAUUUUGCUUGUUUAGUCUGUAUAAAAACUGCAGUGCAACAACAACAAUUCAACUUUUAUGGACGAUGAUGAGACAGACUAUUUCUCGACCACGACCAGUAAUUUCCUGGAGGCUCUGCUGGUUGCCUGGCAACUGCUUGAGGAAAUAGCUCAGUACAUAGCAACAAAGAAAAGAGUGAAUUGUCAUUUUUGCCCUUUGUUAAAUUCAUAGAAAAUCCUAAGCAGACACAACAUCAUAUGUUAUAUGAGAGCUUUAAGGUGCUGGGAGGCAAAUUAUUUACCUUUGGAUUGAGCUGGGUUAGCUGUUAGCUUAGCUUAGCAUAAAAACUGCUAAGCUAGCUGUCUUCUCUGGCAGUGGCUUCACAUUUGCUGCACAGAUGUGAGAGUUGUACGGAUUUUUUCAUUUAACUGUUCUUCUAAAUAAUUGUGUUGCUAGGAGACACUAUCACCAGCGUUUAAGGAAUGAAUGAUGUUUUUUUUUUUUUUCGCCUGGCUGCGUUUGUGAGAAAACUUUCAGGGAGCUGACUUCAGAUAAGCUUGUUCAACUCAAUUUUGUAUCAAAUGUCUCAGGUACAUGAUAUAUUUUUUAAUUCAAGUGUCAUAUAGCAAAUCUGAGAAAUGAUUGGAGGGAAUGGUUGGAGAUUUUUUUUGCCUUGAAUGAGCACAUUUCUAUCCUAAAAAACAAUAAAUGGCUGAAG